AUGGAAGCAGUCCCCACAGAUUUUGGCAAGCGGGUGUACCAAGGAGUGAGGGUGAAACACACAGUCAAGGACCUGCUGGCUGAAAAAAGAUCCAGGCAGAGCAGCAGCUCCCGCUUCCCUGCCAGCAGCAGCACUUCUCAGUCACCUUUUGUCCCAGUGCCAGGCUCACCCACCACGGCUGGGUACUACGGCCUCAGGAGACCCUUCUCAUCUGAGGUGGAUUUCCACCCCACAAAGCAGUUUGUCAGUGACAUCUACUCGUCCCCUCUGGGCUCCAAGCCCUUCUUGUGUGAUUCCUCUGCCCCUCAGGGCUACCCAGCACUUCUGGACCCGUAUCUCACCGAGCAGUAUGGGGAUCACCCUGCUGGUUCCCUCACAGCUGGGACCAGCUCCUUCUUCAGCCCUUCCUCUGUGCCCUCCCUCCUGCCACCCUUCCCCAACGACACAGCACACGUCCUGCUGAGAGAGCCCUGGGAACAGACCUCACCUGACAGCCUCAGCCAGGCAGAGGGGGCCUGCCCAGAGCCCCUGCAAGCCCUGCCUGCCAGCACCAGCUGCCUCUCCUCACAUCAGCCCGGGGGGCUUUCCCCAACCCGCAGCUCAGGCUGGACCCCUGCCCUCCCUGGAGCUCACCCCUACCCUCUGCACCCUCUGGAAGAUGUCCACUACCCCCCCAGCUUCUCUGCCAGCUCCUCCUGCUCCUUCCCAGCCCUGAUGCCAAACGAGUUCACCUCCAGGAUGAGCCACCUCUCUCCAGAGCAGCCCAUGGAGACACCAGCUCUUCAGGAUGGCUCUGCCUGGGCCAAAGAGGAUGGAAGUUCCAUCUGGGGGACUUGUGAAGGUCGGAGAACUUAUUGA